AUGUUGGCCGACCAAUGUAUCACGGUGGAUGAUGAAGGUUGGUUCCGAUGGUGGACUCUAGCCAAUGUGCUGUCAGUUGAGAGUACCGACGCCGAAUUAAGUAGCAGUCGACGCUGUUUGCAGGUCUUUAGAAUGGGGAGUGACCUAAGUCGGUAUCCGUGGAAAGCGCAUUCGUUGGCGGCUCUAAACAACGGUCAAAGUCUGUUAGUUGCGGGUGCACACAAGGUUAAAUUACUUCGUCGUGUUCGUAUCAAGCCACGCGUACUCGCCGCAAGUGCAGUGUUAUUCAACGAGGCUUCGUUAACGAUUGCGACUGCUACUGAUCGAGAGAUUCGUGUGUGGGACGCUGCUUCGGGUUCAUUGUUGCGUUCGUAUCGAGGGCUUGUGGGUGCAGAUAUCACGUGUGUGGAUUUGGAUUCUAGACAGCGGAAGCUUGUCGUUGGAGCACAGAAUGGAGAACUUGCAGUGGUGAAUUACUUGAACGGAGCUGUACUGGGACGAUGGACGCCUCACGGACAGCAAGUCUCGGCUCUGUUGUACUGUAAAGAAGACCAUACAGUUCUUACGGCGUCAUGGGACCGAUCACUGCGUCUAUACGACGAUGACGCCCCGAAAACAGGAGGAGUUGCAGCUCAAAACGUACUGCUGCGUUGCAUCACUGAGGCCCACGACAGCGACAUUAAGUGUCUCGCUUACUGCCACGCACUAAGUCUCGUUGCUAGUGGUGGUACGGACGGUGUGAUCAAAAUAUGGGACUACAUCUACUUCCUUCUUGAAGACACGUGCACUCCACCAUUGAAUGUACUUGAGUUUAUUGAACCGUAUCCAUUGCUCCUUUCGGGCCAUGAAAGUGGACAAGUGUGUGUAUGGAGCUUGGCGCCUUCAAAGCCUACGGUACUUCUGCUGUGCUUCUACCCAUUCCACAUGACGCCAGUAAAACCCGUGGAGCAAGCUCCAGCGUCUUCGUCCCCGUUGACAACUGCCAAACUUAAUAGUCCUGUCACAUGUUGUCGAACUUUUUACGAUGAGACUGGCGGAGAACAACUAGCUGCAGGGAUCGAUCGUGGCAGAUUUUUACUAUUCGCUUCGAGUUUUAACGGCGAGGUGAUUGCGUGCGAUAUUUCCAAGCUGAUCCUCGCUGCACAUGUCCGAGCUUUUUGCGAACAGAACAUGCCUUCUAGAUACGAUCGAGCGUAUAAUCCACGUCGACGCUUUCUUCGACAGGGCAAACACGCAAAACGUCUUCGCAAUCGACACACAGAUAGCAACGCAACAGGAAAUCCAGAGGCCAAACCGCUUCAUGUGGACGAAACAGACGUCGUGUGUACACAUCGAUGGACAGCGCAUCGCGGAAAUGUACGAAGCUUACAGAUUGUCGCCGAGCCGCGUGGUGUGAUAACGUGUGGUAGUGAUAAAGGGGUUUACGUUUGGGACUUCCAAGGCCGACGAAUGGGUAGUUUGGGCACUGGAAUGCCACCAGUUGGGAAGAACACAGUUGAUAAAACAACGACUGACAUUGAUCCCAAUAUCUGGCGUUGGGAAGUGGAUGUUACGAGUGCUGCAGCACUCAAACGAAAGCAAGCACAACAAAUUUGGGACGAAUUGAAAGGUACCAAACUCAAGUCAUUAGCGUUAAAACAGCAGUCUAUGACGCUACUCGAUCGAGAACGGAAGCGAAAUGAGCAACAGCCACAAGAGAGUGGUACCCUUAAUCAUUCACGUCGAUUAUUUGACCAACUAGCAGGCAAAACGACGUGGAAGAAGAGUGAUCUUCAGCUGGCUAGACAAGCAGCUUGGGAGAAGGAACGAGUCAAGUUCCAGCAACGUAUGAAGACGAUCAUGAGGCGGAAAGAUGCCAAGAGAAAGAAGGAAGAACAGAGAAUUACUGAGGACAACCAGCAUGAAGGUACGGUUUCCGGUCAUGGAGAUGUAAGCGACUCACUCGGAAAGCUCGAGGUGUUGGGUGCAGUAGAUGCCGACGACCCGCACAUGCUCCUACCAACACUACAAAACCCUGUUCAAGAACUUCCUUUUGCGGAUAAAGACAACUGGGCUGUGGGGAGUCUGAACCGAGAAAAGCAAAUGUACGAGCACUUCCAUCGUGAAAAUAUCCGUCGCUCUAACAAGCAGAUAGCAGGAAGUAGCGGACUUCUACGACAAAAACGACUUGAAUGCUCGAUAGCGACGAUGGACUUGACACCGUCUGCGUUCUUACUCGAGAAACUCGGGGUGAGCUGCAUAAUUCAUGAAAACGUUGAUCAGGGGCCACCACCUCGACGUAAAAAAACGAUAAAGAAGCUUUGUCCAAAGCGCGUUACAGCACUUGCAAGAGCUCGUUCCUUGGCUUCAUUACCAGAUCGACCCAAUGAAAUCUUCAACAAGUCUGCGCCUACGCUAGUCUCAAGCGUCAGUACUAGUGUUUUAAAGCGGCGAAGUCUUCUCUCCACGCUUUACAAACAAUACGACGAGCUGCUUGACGAUGACCACAUGAAACCAAGCCUUCAUCCGAUUCGAAGGCACCCGAAGUCUGCGCUCACGACAGCAGAUCGAGGUCCACAGCUCCGUCAAAAUACACCUUCGUCUAGUUCCGCUGGAGCGAUUCGGUCUUCAGCAAAGCCCCAAUCGCCCAAGAAAGAGCUCAAAUCGGCCAAGAAGGUACGCAUCCGCUCAGAUGCGGCGCUGAUGCGGCAGGAACGCUUCGGUCAGUACUCGCGCGAUGAUAUCGUCAACAUUUAUCGCACGUUCAGCAAAUUGGAUCAAGAUGGGAGUGGCGCCAUUACGAUACGUGAAAUAGUAGGCGGUAGCGGACUCUUCUCGGGGACUCAUAUGCAAGAUAACAUUGGCAGUAUCUUCAGCAGCAUCGACAAGGAUCAAAGUGGACUCAUCGACCUCGCAGAGCUUUGUACUGUUGUAUUUGGAGACGCACCUCCCGAAGUUCUAGAGGAGAUUCUACGCUUGUGCCGACUAUUGGAGUUUGUAGAGAAGAACCGGCGACUUUAUGACACGGACAAUAAUGGCGACAUUGAUGCUAGUGAACUGCUUGAGGCUCUUCGUUAUAACGACCGGUUCUACGAGAGCGAUCGUCGUGGAUCGACACAGCUUACGAAGGAGGACGUCGCACGCAUUAUUUUGUCGUUUGAUGCAAAUGCCAACGCCACUCUCGAUCUACAGGAGUUCAUCGAACUUUUCCGUGAAGACGCUUAG